GGAUGACGUCAGCUCCGGUUGCCCGGGCUGAGUCGGAAGUGUUGAAAGCCCUUGGCCUCGGAGAGUUCCUGGUGCUGCUGCCGCUGGCACCUUCAGGCCCCGCCCCUCCCCCAGGUCUGGAUGGAGUCUACUUUAAAGUGAAAUGACAGACCAGGAUAAUAACAACAACAUCUCCAGUAACCCCUUUGCUGCUCUCUUUGGUUCCCUGGCCGAUGCCAAGCACUUUGCAGAGAUCCAGAAGGAACAGCUGAAGCAGCAAUCUGAUGAACCCUCAGCUAGCCCUGAUGACUCGGAUAACAGUGUGUCAGAGAGCCUGGAUGACUGUGACUACUCUGUCUGUGAGAUUAACCAGUCAUUCCGUUCCAAGCAGGAGCUAUGUGAGCAGCUCAACAUCAAUCACAUGAUCCAAAGAAUUUUCCUCAUCACCCUGGACAACAGUGAUCCAAGUAUGAAAUGUGAGAAUGGGAUCCCCAGCCGUUGCGUAUUUUUGGAGGAAAUGGCAGGAGACCUGGAUGAGCAAGACUGGCUUGAUAUGAACAACAUUGAGCAGGCACUCUUUACACGAUUGCUGCUUCAGGAUCCAAGCAACCACUUGAUUAGCAUGACCUGUUCCACAACAUUAAACCUCUCUGCAGAUCGAGAUGCAGGGGAGAAGCACAUUCUUUGCUACCUUUAUUCCUGUUUCCUAAGAGCAAAAGAGGAGAUUACCAAAGUACCAGAAAACUUGCUGCCCUUUGCUGUGAGAUGUAGGAACCUAACUGUGUCUAAUACCCGAACUGUCCUCCUCACCCCAGAAAUUUAUGUUGGCCAGAAUGUCUAUGAUCAGCUGGUAGACCUGAUGUUGGAAGCAAUUCGAGGGGCCCAUUUUGAAGAUGUAACUGAGUUCCUUGAAGAGGUCAUUCAAGCCCUGACAAUGGAUCAGGAAGUUCGGACAUUUCAAGAAGUCAUGGUUCCAGUAUUUGACAUUUUGUUGAGCAGAAUAAAAGACUUAGAUCUCUGUCAAAUCUUGCUAUACACAUAUCUAGAUAUGCUCCUCUAUUUCACAAGGCAGAAGGAUAUUGCAAAAGUUUUUGUAGAGUACAUUCAGCCUAAGGACCCCAGCAAUGGACAGAUGUACCAGAAGACCUUACUAGGAGUAAUUCUGAGUAUCUCCUGCUUAUUAAAGACUCCAGGGGUAGUGGAGAAUCAUGGCUACUUCUUGAAUCCAUCCCGGUCCAGUCCUCAAGAGAUCAAAGUGCAGGAGGCCAACAUCCAUCAGUUCAUGGCUCAAUUCCACGAGAAGAUUUACCAGAUGCUGAAGAACUUGCUCCAGCUCUCUCCAGACACCAAGCAUUGGAUCUUGUCCUGGAUUGGAAACUGCCUAUAUGCCAAUACAGGCCGUACCAAGAUCUGGGCCAAUCAGAUGCCAGAAAUCUUCUUCCAGAUGUAUGCUUCAGAUGCCUUCUUCCUGAAUCUGGGUGCUGCCCUCCUGAAGCUGUGCCAGCCUUUUUGCAAACCUAAAUCCCCUAGGCUGCUAACCUUUAACCCUACCUACUGUGCCCUCAAAGAGCUGAAUGAUGAAGAGAGAAGGAUAAAGAAUGUGCAUAUGCAAGGUUUAGAGAAAGAGACCUGUUUAAUCCCUAAAGAGAAUGAUCAGGAGAUACAGUUUGCCCAAAACUACAACCUGGUGACAGAGAACCUGGUCCUGACACAGUACACCUUACAUGUGGGGUUUCACAGGUUACACGAUCAGAUGGUAAAAAUCAACCAGAGCUUGCACCGGCUGCAGGUCGCCUGGCGUGAAGCUCAACAAAGCGCCAGCCCUACUGCAGACAGUCUCCGAGAGCAGUUUGAGCGCCUGAUGACCAUCUAUCUGUCCACCAAGACUGCCAUGACUGAGCCACAGAUGCUGCAAAACUGUCUCAAUUUGCAGGUGUCCAUGGCUGUUCUUCUUGUUCAGCUAGCCAUUGGCAACCAAGGCACAGAGCCAGCAGAGCUGACCUUCCCUUUGCCAGAUCAGUAUAGCUCUUUGGCUUAUGUGCCAGAAUUUUUUGCGGAUAACCUGGGAGAUUUUCUUAUUUUCUUACGGCGCUUUGCUGAUGACAUCCUGGAGACAUCAGCUGAUUCUCUGGAGCAAGUUCUUCAUUUUGUCACCAUUUUCACUGGGAGUGUAGAGAGAAUGAAGAACCCCCACCUGAGGGCCAAACUGGCAGAGGUACUAGAAGCAGUCAUGCCACAUCUGGACCAACCCCCAAAUCCCCUGGUGUCCAGUGUUUUCCAUCGUAAGCGUGUGUUCUGCAACUAUCCCUAUGCAGCUCAGCUUGCAGAAGCCCUUAUCAAAGUCUUUGUAGACAUCGAGUUUACAGGAGACCCUCAUCAGUUUGAACAAAAAUUUAACUACCGACGCCCCAUGUAUCCUAUCUUAAAGUACAUGUGGGGAACAGACUCCUAUAGAGAAAGCAUAAAGGGUCUAGCCGAUUAUGCCUCUGAAAAUUUGGAGGCCAUGAAUCCCCCUCUCUUCCUCCGCUUCCUUAACCUGUUGAUGAAUGAUGCCAUCUUCCUAUUGGAUGAAGCCAUACAGUACUUAAGCAAGAUAAAGAUUCAACAGAUCGAGAGGGACCAAGGUGAAUGGGACAGUUUGUCUCCAGAGGCCCGUAGAGAAAAGGAGGCCAGUCUGCAGAUGUUUGGGCAAUUGGCUCGAUUCCACAACAUCAUGUCUAAUGAAACCAUUGGUACCUUGGCCUUUCUGACAUCAGAGAUCAAGUCCCUCUUUGUACAUCCCUUCCUGGCUGAACGCAUCAUCUCUAUGCUGAACUACUUCCUGCAGCAUCUAGUUGGUCCUAAGAUGGGAGCCUUAAAAGUCAAGGACUUCAGCGAGUUUGACUUCAAACCUCAGCAGCUCGUUUCAGACAUUUGCAACAUCUACUUAAAUCUUGGUGACGAGGAGAAUUUCUGUGCCACUGUGCCCAAGGAUGGGCGAUCUUAUUCUCCGAUACUCUUUGCUCAGACAGUCCGAGUCCUGAAGAAAAUAAACAAGCCUGGAAAUAUGAUUGUGGCUUUCAGCAGUCUGGCAGAGAAGAUCAAGUCUCUUGCAGAUCUCCAACAACAGGAAGAAGAGACCUAUGCAGAUGCCUGUGAUGAGUUUCUAGAUCCCAUCAUGAGCACACUGAUGUCAGACCCUGUGAUGCUGCCAUCUUCUAGAGUCACUGUGGAUAGGUCCACAAUAGCCAGGCAUUUGCUCAGCGAUCAGACUGAUCCCUUUAACCGUAGCCCCCUAACUAUGGACCAGAUCCGGCCAAACACAGAACUGAAAGAGAAAAUCCAACGGUGGCUCGCAGAGAGGAAAUUACAGAAGGAACAACUUGAGUAAAUAACUGUGAAUUUAACAAACCAAAAGCCAACCCCAAGAAUGUGGAUAAAGAAUAUAGUCUAUUGAUUUCUCUCUAUCUCUCCUCUUCCCUUCCCCCAACCCUUUCUCUCUUUCCUUCUCUC